GUGACCUCCAUCAGUGGACGAAGCGUUGCUGCAUCGUUGCCUUGCUUAUUCUUUUAUUCCUUCAGUACUCUUGUCAUGUUAGUGAAUGGUGACAGUGACGUAGUGGGGGAAGCUGCUAAGUUUCACAAGCCAGGCGAAAAUUAUAGUUCUCCGGGUUAUGUUGUGACAAAAGAUACUAUGAGGUUAUUGAAAGAACACAUGAAGCAAACCGGUGGUAUAGUAGUUACCAGGUUUCCUCCUGAACCAAAUGGUAUUUUACACAUCGGCCACGCAAAAGCAAUUAAUUUUAAUUUUGGCUAUGCAAAGAAACAUGGUGGCAUAACCUACUUGCGAUAUGAUGAUACAAACCCUGAAAAGGAAGAGGCUGAGUUUUUCGAAGCUAUUGAGGACAUGGUUCGAUGGCUGGGUAAGCUUUUAAUAAAUUAACAGUUGUCAGGGUUUACUCCGCACAAAAUUACUUAUGCCUCGGAUAAUUUCCAACAGUUAUACGAAUGGGCAAUUAAGUUAAUCAAAUUGAAGUUAGCUUAUGUUUGCCAUCAGGCCGUAGAAGAAAUACGAGGUUUUAACCCACCACCGUCGCCAUGGAGAGACAGACCGAUUGAGGAAUCCUUGCGAUUGUUUGAGGAUAUGAAAAACGGCAAGGUAUGCAUAUUCCAUAUCGGUUAUGGAUAUUUGGCAAAUUUAUUGCCAUAUAUCUUUUACAUAGCCUUAGAAAUAAAUUUUCUUGGUUGAAAAAGCACCUUAGUAUCGUGGUUAUAGUAGACUGUAAUAUGAAGACUCUUGUAAUUCGUACUCUCAACACUUCGAAUUGCGAAGAUAGUAUAGUAUGUAAAAUUAAACCAGUACUCGUAACACAAAGUGCAUUACGUAUUUCUCACAGUGAGUUCCAAACCCGUUUUUAGUCAGCGCCGUAGAACAUAUGUAAAUGUACUAGGUGUACCUGAUAGCCUGUAUCUCUUGCAUCACGAAAUCCAAAUUAACAAGUAUUUUAUUCAUGAUAUCCCAAUGAGUAGGGUAAUACAUUUCUGAUGUUUCAAAACAUAUUAUCGGAUUCUCAGUGCAAUUAGUAGAGAAUUCUUCGCGGUAGUGUAAUGUCGAUACAAAUAAUACCACAUCGAAUCUGGGAUUACCCGAGUUUUAACCAUAUGCUAUUCAGUUUUAAUGCUCGCAGGGCAUAACCGCUUAUGAAAGCUUAGGUUGACGUACAAACGUGGUUUCUAGUCAAUAAUGCCAGAAUGGGGGAUUUUAAUACAGUGGUCAUAAACUGUUCGCUCUAAAUUUUAGACUACCUUGCCGACUCGUGUACGUGAGGACUGCCAUUCGGUGCUGCAAUUUAGAUGUAAGUAUACAAUUUGAUGUUCGUAUACUACAUAUCACUUAUACUACUAGUAUAAAACGAUAUGAAUUCCACACUUGUCCGUAGUUUGUUCGUUUGUUUCCACCUAAAAAUCAAAAUUUUGAAACUAUAUCUGGAUUUCCGACACUAUUACGUGUUACUUCUGUUUUUAACUAAUAGAUGGUUUUAAAUGAACUGGAGAGUAUAUCCUUUAACAUUGCAUUACCUUGUAUGCUUCCGUAAUUCGUCACUGCUAUUUAGAUUGACGAAGGUAUGGCUACUUUACGUAUGAAAGUGACAUUGGGCGAUGGAAAAGUCGAUCCAGUAGCUUAUCGCAUCAAGAUGACUCCUCAUCAUCGUACUGGUACUGAAUGGUGUAUUUACCCUACUUAUGACUAUACUCAUUGUUUGUGUGAUUCCAUCGAGAAUAUUACACAUUCAUUAUGCACUAAGGAAUUUCAGUCACGACGUCCUGCCUACUAUUGGCUUUGUAAUUCACUAAAUAUUUAUUGUCCAGUUCAGUGGGAGUAUGGCCGCCUCAAUCUGUAUUAUAGUGUGGUGUCAAAGCGCAAAAUUUUAAAGCUGAUAGAAGCCGGCAUUGUUAAUGACUGGGAUGAUCCGCGGUUAGUUACUUUGACGGCACUCCGUCGUCGUGGAUUUCCACCUCAAGCUAUUAAUAUGUUUUGUGAACGUAUUGGCGUUACUAUGGCUCAAACAAUCCUAGAUCCUUCUGCUUUAGAUGCUUGCGUACGGGACUAUCUGAAUGAUCAUGCACCACGUGUGAUGGCUGUUUUAGAGCCAAUAAUAGUCACUAUUACGAAUUGGUGUGAACUAUAUGGCAAUAAAUCUUCUGUCGAGCUUACAGUUGCGGAUUUUCCUGCCAUUCCAGACAGUAAAACCCAUAGUGUACUGUUGCAACAGGAGCUGUACAUAGAAAGUUCAGAUUUUCAAGAAGUUGCUGAGAAAGGAUAUCGUCGUUUAACCCCUAAUCAACCAGUUGGUCUUCGUUACGCGGGCCUUGUUAUAGAAUUUUCCGAUUUAAAAAAAGAUUGCAAUGGGAAAAUAUCUCAUUUAUUUGUGAAAGCCCAGAAGGUAGAGGAUUCUACUAAGCCAAAAGCUUUUAUACAUUGGGUGUCCAAUCCUUUGCACUUUGAAGCUCGACUGUAUGACCGCUUGUUCACUGUCAAGGAGCCAGAAAACGAAAAGAAUGGAUUCUUGUCUGUCAUCAAUAAAAAUUCAUUAGUCGUAAUUCCGGAUGCUUUGAUUGAACAAUCUGUCAAAAAUGCUGAGGUUUACACUGCUUAUCAAUUUGAACGUAUCGGUUUCUUCUCUGUGGACCCUGAUACAAACUCAAAACGUAUGGUUUUCAAUCGAACUGUUGCUCUAAAAGCCGAUCCUGGUAAAACGAUUUGAUAUUAAGACUGGUUUUCAGGACUAUGGUUGCUAAUGUUAGGUCAAACAUUAUGUAUAGUUCUAUGUGACUUGUAAUACAUUUUCUACCUUGGA